AUGGUCGUUUCCGAGCUGGCAAUCCUCCCCCUCACAGCGAAGAACGAGCUCAGCUCUGAGUUUUUGGCCCUGCUGGAAAGGUUCCAGGCCACCCGAGACGCAUGGGUGUUGAAGGACGACCCCUCUCUACCUGCAGACCGUACGGCACGUGGCACGUCCAUGUACCGCCAGCUCGAGGACCCGACGGUUCUCCUGCUCACAGCGCAGUGGGAGUCCCCCGAGGCUCACAGCAGGUGGAUUGCCUCGGCUGAGAACGCGUCCGUAAUGGCUGAUCUCAGCCCCCAUCUUGAUACGCAGGGCGAGAGGGCUGUCGUCUUCUUCCACCUCGAGGGCCCCGUUUUCACGAGUCUGAGGCCGGACGAGAGAUCGCUCCUCGAGGCGCCGGUCAUGAGCGUCGGGCGAUUUAGCGUCGGGAACGAGAAGAGAGACGAGUUCCAACGGACAUUUGACGAAACGAAGGAUGUCGUCGAAGACGUCGCACGUCCGUAUCCUCUGCGAGGUGCGUGGCGGAUCGAGAAGGAUGAGAGAGAGGCGGGGCGGGAUGAGUUUGUCAUGUACUGCGGGUGGGCGUCGGUGGAUGAGCACAUGUCCUCUGGGCAGCACCCACGGUACGCCGCGUUCCAGGCUUUGCAGAAGCUCGUUUCGUCGGCGGACAUUCGGCACUACCAGAGGAUCAUCUAA